GCAUCACAAACCCCGACAGAGGAAACGUGUGUAACGGGACAUUGCUUUCUCGACUCAAACAAUGACUAUAAGUGCAUACCAGCCGUUGAUAUCUGUGUGACCGUGGGAUGGUACCAAGGAAUCGUGUGUGUACCAACACCGAUUGCACCAACCCCAUCAUCUGUACGGUGUAUGAAUGUGUCUACUGAACGAACCAGGACUACUCUGUCUCCUUUCGAAGUAGUAGGUGCAUUGGGUAGUAGGUUGGAUGAACUCGCCCAUACCACACCGGAAAUAGACGAAGAUUUCGAAAUGGGUCUUAAGAAUCUCGCCGGCCUGUUCCUAUACGCUCAACUUAACAACUUAGAACUUCACCCCGAGCACAUAUUGAGCCGGAAAAGACAGGUUACACUUUUAUUCCUGUAUGAGAUGAAUUUAGUCUCGAUUGACGACAACGCCUUCAGUGGAUUUCCAAGCAUUAUAACACUAAUCUUGGGGGUCAACAAGAUUCGGGAGAUCAGAAAUACUGCCUUCACAGGUCUGCAGCAGCUACAGUAUCUGGAACUGAAUGAUAACUCUCUCUCCUACCUGCAGCCGGGUGUAUUUUCUGGAUUGGUAAACCUUCGAGCUCUGGCUCUCUUCAACAAUGAAAUUCGAAGGAUUGAUAAAGGAGUUUUCGACGACCUGGAGGAAUUGCAAUUCUUGUAUCUCCAGUCAAAUAACAUUAGCGACAUCCAAGUCGGAGCAUUUUCUGAUCUAGGAAACCUAAGAAUCUUGAAUUUGGCAUCGAAUUCCAUUAGCCAUCUGAAAAGGGGAGUAUUCACAGGACUGCGAUCUCUCCAGUAUCUAUUCUUAACUAACAACAACAUCUAUGUUAUCGAAGGACACGCCUUUGAAUCCCUGUCGGAACUCCAGUAUAUGUUUUUCCUCGGUACUGAAUUGGGAGCUGUAGAUCCUAAUGCACUAACUGGACUGACAUCAUUGGAGAAAAUGUCUACCUCUGACAAUCGCCUGUGUUGCCUUCUACCGGAAAACACCACUUGUGCGAGGACAUCCCCGACCAGUCCCUUGGACACCUGUAGCAGGUUAUACCCAAACUUGGCCUUGAGGAUCGCAGGAUGGGUCAUGGGUUUAUUGGCUAUAGCUGGCAACGGCGGUGUUCUCUUUAUUCGGCUUCGGGAUAUAAACAAAGUGCCAAAUAAAGUCCAGAACACUAUGAUAAUUAGCUUAGCCGUGGCUGAUAUCCUAAUGGGGCUUUACAUGAUAUUUAUCACGUCUGCCGAUCUGAAGUUUGGAAAUGAAUUUUACCUGAGGGCCCCUCAGUGGCGGGAUUCACACGUGUGUCGGGUUGCUGGUUUUCUAGGGUUUCUAUCCAGUGAGGCAUCGGUCCUAACGCUGACGUUGAUAACAGUUGAUAGGUUCAUAAGCAUUAUGUUUCCAUUUAGGCCAGAGCUUAAGAUUCGACACAAGGGGUCGAUGAUUCUAGUUGCUGCUGUCUGGGCGUUCACUGUAUUGUUAAGUUUUGGACUGGUUAUUGUUACAUCAUACAGACCUGACGUGUACGGACUUUCUGACGUCUGUCUUGGUCUACCACUGCAUGUGGAGGCAAAGGAUACUGGCGUAUUAGAAAUCAUAGGAGAAUUUUUCUUCGAAUAUCGCGUGGAUUACAGGAUAGACGAAAGCAGGUCCAGGCCUCCGUGGUUGUUUUCCAUCAUUAUAUUAAUUGGGUUCAACCUUGUUUCCUUCACUUUUAUAUUGAUCUGUUAUAUUAUGAUAUUCGUCAAAUCUACAAGAGCUUCAAAGAAUAUUCGCAACAGCAAAUCCAUGAACCAAGAAACUAAAUUAGCUGUUCGUAUGGCGAUGAUCGUUGCUACUGACCUCGUAUGUUGGAUGCCAGUCGUCUUCAUGGGAAUCCUUUCGCAGACAGGAGCAGUCACCCUUGAUCCUUCGCUCUAUGCUUGGACAGUGAUUCUCAUCGUCCCUAUCAAUUCAUCAAUCAAUCCCUUCCUGUAUACCUUCAUCAUGUACAUCGAAGGCAUGAAGGCGAAAACGAAAUCAAGGAUGAAAGAUGACAAAAUCAAUUUAGAAGUAAAAAACAACCAUAUAUGUGAAACAUCCCUAAGUAAUCAGAAGUGAUAACUAAAAAGCUAACACUUUAGCCUUUAGGACGUGCAAUAAUUGAAUUCCGCCCAAAUCGAACUUUUGUCAACUACUUACUACUAGUGGGAUUAUGAUUUAAGUACUAUGUGGAAGGAAUUACUAGUUUUAACCUGUACUUAUUUUGUUCUUGUUACCACUUUCUUAUAUAUAUCCUUUAAGAGUACAUCUCACCAUUUUUUUCUGCCCUCAUUAUUUUAGAAAAUUAAGCACCUUUGCUUUGUGUUAGUCUUAAAGCAGGAGCCAUCUAGUUGGUCCCAAAAUAUUCUUAAUCAAAUAGAACCAUUCCCCUGGAAAGGUGCUGCGCGUAAGGGGCAAUUCAAAAUAAAUAGUGCGGUAUACUCCAUUGUCAAUUGAAGAACCAUGGUUAUAAGUCAUACCACAAAGAAGACACCACUUUAUCACCCACCCCUUUUUUCUUUACUAAUGGAGAAUCUGUAGGUAUUUUUCUUUAAG